AUGACUUCAUACAAGAUCCCCACCGAGCAAUGGGCUCAGGUCAUCGACAAGGUCGGCGGUCCUGUGCAAUACAAGAAGAUCCCCGUCCCCAAGCCCGGCCCAGAGGAUGUGCUCGUCAACAUCAAGUAUUCUGGUGUCUGCCAUACCGAUCUGCACGCCGUCAAUGGUGACUGGCCUCUCCCCACCAAGCUACCUCUCGUCGGUGGCCACGAGGGUGCUGGCAUCGUUGUGGCCCGUGGCGAGUUGGUCACAGAUGAUAUCUGCAAGCUCGGCGAGGCCGUGGGCGUCAAGUGGUUGAAUGAUUCCUGCUUGAACUGCACGUUUUGCAUUCAGUCAGAUGAACCCCUUUGCCUCACCCCCAAGCUUUCCGGCUACACCGUCGAUGGUUCCUUCCAACAGUACUGCGUUGCAUCCGCAAGGCACGUUGCCCACAUCCCCGACGGCGUGCCUCUCGACGAAGUCUCGCCAGUUCUCUGCGCCGGCAUCACGGUCUACAAGGGUCUCAAAGAGUCGGGAGCACGACCAGGACAGACGGUUGCCAUCGUCGGUGCCGGUGGCGGGCUAGGUUCCCUGGCACAGCAAUACGCUCGGGCUAUGGGUAUUCAUACCAUUGCCAUUGAUACGGGAGAUGACAAGAAAGCACUCUGCGAGAAGAUGGGUUCCCACGCCUUUAUCGAUUUUGCCAAAUCCAGCGACGUUGUCAAGGACGUCAAGGCCGCGACCAAGGAUGGUCUCGGCCCUCACGCUGUCAUUCUGGUCGCAGUUACCGAGAAGCCCUUCCAACAAGCUGCUGAAUACGUCCGCCCUCGAGGCACCGUCAUUGUGAUCGGUCUUCCCGCCAAGGCAUACAUCCGCGCCCCAGUCUUUGAGUCAGUGGUGAAGAUGAUCAGAAUCCAGGCCUCAUACGUCGGGAACCGACAAGACAGCGAGGAGGCACUCGACUUCUUCGCACGUGGGUUGAUCAAGGUGCCGUUCAAGACGGUGGAUCUGAAAGAUCUUCCCAAGGUGUAUGAUAUGAUGCAUGCUGGCCAGAUCGCUGGACGAUAUGUGCUCAAGAUGCCCGACCCAGAAUAG